UUUAAACUUCAGCUGAUUUCUUUUACACAUCGCAUUCACUUUUUCAAGCCUUUAUUGAUGUGACAACAGGCGAGUAAACUGCACCGGUGCUGAUCGGUUGUUUUUCCAUCUACAAGCUGCAAUGGAUCCAGGCACAACGUCCCUGUUUCAAAGAGUCUCUGAAAAACUGGGCUGGGACAGAGACGGAGGUCUUGAUGUAGUCGAGGAGAAGUUGAGAAAGAGCUUGAAGAAAAGUAGACGGCCAGCGCUGGGCAGUUAUAACUCAAGUCCUUCAUCAGGCACAGAUCCAGCUCACAGACUGCUGUUAUCUGAUAGUGACAGCUCAUGGAAAGAGAAUCAGCUCAUUUCUCGAGAGGAACACAUUAACACAAAUCAUGUGCUUUUGAGUUCAGAUGAUGAGGACUUUGAUCAGUUUCUUGCUCAAAAGGCUACACCAAAACCCACCCUUCCAAAACUGUCCACAUCAGCUGCCAGAACACCAAGAGAACCAAUUCCUGUUCUGUCUUCAGAUAGUGACGAUGAGUUUGAGAGCUUUUUAAAUCGAGUGAAAACCCCGAAGAUUAAAGUCUGGUCACAGUCUGUGAAUGGCAGUGAUGACAGUUUGAAACGGUUCAUAGUGGACAGCAUGUCAUCUGAUGAUGAUUUUAUCACAGACAAGAGGAAGCCCUCAAUUAAUAAAGGGAAUGGCAAGACUUCUAAAACUCCUAAAUCACUUCAGAAGAGAGAGAAACAGCCUCCAUCUCACUGUGAUUCUCCAGUGUUCCUGAGUGACAGUGAUGAUGACAGUAAUGUUGUAAUAAUGAGCACAUGGAGGAGCAGACACAGCCGUCCACCAUCUGAGGAACAUCACUCAACUAGUAAAGAGAGAGAGAAGCCUCAUGUUCCUCCUCCAGCGAUCACUGUGACGACACACACCAAUCGAGAUGAUACAUGCAGCUCUGAGGAAGAGCUCCAGUCCCUGCUGGACAGAGUCAGACAGAAUCAGAAUCUGGGGAGCAGAACAAAUGCGAGCCCAAAGCCUCCUCCGGCACCCAAACCACGUCCUCCCUGUUUGUCGACACCAUCUGCAGUGGGUAAAAAUGUGGCUGACAAGGCACCAGUUAAAGGAUUACACACAAUCCACACCCCAGUGCAGAAGCCUAGUAGCAGACCAGUGAGCCAUACUGAGCCUAGAGCUCCAGCCAGCAGCAGAGUGGUCGUGUGUAAAACACCUGGCUGUUUCCUACAGUCUCUGUCUGGUCCCGGAUCAUCUUACUGCCGCAGCUUUAAACAGAACAAAGAGGAGCUCACCGGUAAACUCUACCAACUCUAUAACACCAGUGUGUUUGACAAUCAGCUUCCCGCUGAUAUGUCUGUCACUUGGAAUAAAAAGAUGAGGAAGACCGCAGGAUAUUGCAUCUCGGGUCAAGAGCGCGGCACUGGAAAACGAUACGCCCGCAUUGAGCUGUCUGUCAAAGUGUGCGACUCUGCAGAUCGGUUACGGGAUACAUUAGUUCAUGAAAUGUGUCAUGCUGCCACAUGGCUCAUAAACAACGUUCGUGAUGGUCAUGGGCCUUUCUGGAGGCUCUACUCCCGCAAAGCCAUGCUCGCACAUCCCGAACUGCCUAUGGUCACCCGUUGUCACAGUUAUGACAUUAACUACAAGUACCAAUAUCAGUGUAACCGCUGUAAGAACACGAUCGGACGUCAUUCUAAGUCACUGGACACCUCCAAGUUUGUGUGUGCUCUGUGCACUGGACAGCUGGUCUUACUGACUCCAUCAAACCCACGGGGACCAGCACCCUUCGCCACCUUCGUAAAGGAGCAUUACGGCACUGCGAGACGAGAGCUGACGGGCCAGAGUCAUGCCGAGGUCAUGCGCAAACUCAGUGCCGACUUUGCAAGCAAGACACGUCUUAGUCAAAGCUGAUCUCUGAUUGGACACAAACCCUUGAAUACCUCAUGCCAUCAAGGCUGCUGCACUAGUUAGAGUUUGUUUGGUUAAGUCUAUGUGGACUUGCUUAAUUAAUCAGUCUUGUUUGUUUUUUUUUACUGUGAAAUAAUUUUAAUUAAGGGCCAAAAUCGUAUGAUGUAGGAGCUGUAUGAUUUAUUAGCCUCAUUGAUAUCUGUUCAUAUACUGUGUUGUUAAAUCUGAGAAUGUGGGUACAGUCGCCAACUCAAGUUUUGACAUCAAAGGGAUCUGCGU